AUGAGUACAAUCGAAAAAGUAGGCGGCGUCGUCAGUAUCAACGAAAUUAUCCGCGAUGCUGUGUCCGGUGAGCCCGAGGAGACGGACGGCUCAGAAGUUGUACGCAAGGUGGAACGCGAAGUACAGUCCUUGUCCAACACGACACGGCUGAUCAAUGGCCUCUAUGACCUCGCGAAGGGUUAUCCAGCAACAGCAGAUGCUGUGGUGGCUUUCAAGGCUUUCUGUUCCAUCAAGAUGACGAAGAGAGAGAACGAUUCACGAAUUCUGGUACUCUAUGUGGCCAUGAGAGACAUAAUGACCUUGAUGAUGGAUUUGAAAAAUACUCAAAAAGCGGCGUCAGCUGAACAGUUAAAUCUGAAAGACCUAGAGGCGUUCUCGCUAGAGGACCAGCCCCCUCGUGCGCGCCUUCGCGGGCAUUUCUGGCAACAAACGCUGGCCACGUGGGUCGACACGUUCAUCGAACGGAAGAUUGAGUUCGAAAGGUUCAUGCCCACUACGUACUCCGCAACUUCGACCUUCCAACCCGAAAUAAUCAGCAACAGAUUGAAGAGCAUCCAGACCCUCUUCGAGAAACUUGUGCUUCCCAAUGAGCAGAAGAUUGCAGCGGCAAUUGACCGGGCAGGUGGCUCUGGAACGGCGUUGCAAAACGACUCGGUAUUAUUGCGCCUUAUGGCCAUGGUCACCGUGGCAGACGCAGGCUGGGGUCAGACCUUGACAGAGGGCCAGAAGCUCGAGAACCUAAAAUCGGAGCUGUGCGAGCACCCGGAAGAUGUGCUACAGCGCAACUUGGAAACAUUGACUGGCAAGUGGCAGCUCCAGACUUGCGUCGAGGUUGACGUUAUCCUUCUGGCCCUCGACAUGGACGAGUAUAAAGUUUUUGGUACGGACGACAAGGCAUCGAACAAGCGCCUGAAUGUGUACAUACGCGAUCCCGAAAUGCGGAAGAUCUGGGCCGAUCUGAAGUGGCAGUCGGUUGUCGAAAUUGAUCAGUUCGUCUUGGGCCUGCAUGCCCACUACAAGCGCAAUUUCUACUGGAAGGACGCUGGCCUCUGCACAUACCACGGUGACCGCUGGGCGCUCGCAUUCCUCAGUCCUCUGUGGGGGCGACCCAUCAUGGAACCCUCAGGAAACGCCUUCGCAGGCUUCGUUACCUGGGCAGAUGUGAACAAACUGAUGGACAUGCGUCCUCUAUCACUCGAAUGGAGUAUUCCCCGGUGGCUAGCAUACAGCGCCGUAGGGUGGCGUUUUGCGGCGCUCGAGUACGUGACCAAGAUUUCGGCCAUUCUGAACGAUAUUCGUGCGACCGUUCCGGACAUGCUUCCCCGGAACAAGCAGCUUGUGGGUGCCUUCCUGAAAUACCACUGCAAUUGGAUCGGGAAGCUCGUGCGCGGGAUCUCAGGCUCUGACGGUCCCCCUCAAAGAAAAGACCUCCUAGAGAAGUUCCGGGAAAUGAUCGAGUUUGAGGAGGAACGACUAGGGGAGAACUUAGAGAGGAUCCAGUAUGACAUUGACUCAUUGCACACGUUGACGUUGGUACUUGAUCAAGGGGAGUUCGGAAAGACUGUUUUCUUCCUGAUCUACCUGCUCCUUCGCAAUGCACGGAAGAUUUUCGACGCCGAGACGGACGUCUUCAACACGAAGGAAUUUUUUGUUCGAUCCUGGAUCUCUCUGGACCAGAUCCGUUUGGCGGUCCAUCGCCAUGCGAGUGCACUAGAGGUAUUGCUCUCAGCACACGAUGGCAACUUUAUCAAGACCAGCUUUUCUAGCUACGCGUUCGGAAUGCUUCGGGAAUUCCACUCCUAG